AAGGUACAGCAUAACUUUCCGGCAUGUCUGCCAAUCCCAGUUUGGCAAGCUAUCUGGUGUGCUGCACACGCUUUCUCAUCACUAUAUAGGCAAAUCUUUCCGCCGCUUUGAAAUGUAACAAAAGUAGUUCGGUCUGUUGUUUUGGUCGGUUGGUUUCAGGUCUUUUCCGCUUGUUUUUAGGUCUUUAGUUGGUUUUAUAUCCUACAUAGUUUGUUGUUUUGGGGUUUGUUUUAGAUCUUCUGCAAACAAAGGAAGGGCUUUAGGGUUUUCUAAAAUAUAUUUUUUUGAACAUUUAUUUUUGUUAAAUUUAAGUGUCAUAGAUUAAAUGGAAGUAGAUCGUUCUGAAAUAGUCUUUUUUGACGUGGAGACAAAUGUACCAAUUCGUAAGGGGCAGAAAUUUGUGCUGUUGGAAUUUGGUGCCAUUUUGGUGUGUCCUCGUACGCUGGUAGAGCUCAAGGAAUAUUCCACUCUCAUUCAGCCGGCAGACCUUUCUGUAAUAACUGAAGUCAGCAUAAAAUGCAAUGGGAUCACUAGAGGCUCCGUUUCUACUCAACGCAGAUUCGAAGAAAUUGCUGACAAGGUAUACGACCUUUUACAUGGCAGAGUAUGGGCGGGGCACAAUAUUACGCGCUUUGAUUGCCCCAGAAUACGCGAGGCUUUUGCUGAGAUAGGUCGGCCCGCACCCGAGGCAAAGGGGAUUAUUGAUUCCUUGUGCUUGCUGCAGGCGAAAUUUGGACGUCGGGCUGGUAAUUUGAAGAUGGCAACCUUGGCUGAAUAUUUUGGGCUUGGAAUUCAAAAACACAGAAGUCUUGAUGAUGUGCGCAUGAAUCUGGAAGUCGUCAAGUAUUGUGCAACAGUGUUGUUCUUGGAGGAAGCCCAAACAUCAUCUACACCUGUAAAGACCAAUUCUCCAAGUGUUCCUGCGAGUAGUAAUUGUGGGCAAGGAAGUGCAUUAGUUGAAACUCCUGAAGAGAAAGACCAGAAAACUCUUUCUAAAAAAAAGACCCUUUCUAAUAGGAGUGCCAAAAAAAAAUUAAAUGACAAUGUAAAAGAAACGGGAGAAGCCAAAGAUGCCGAUUUCAAAGCUCAAAAUUCAAACGUAAAAAAGGAUUGUUUUGACUUGACAAUGCUUGACAUUCUCCCAAGCAUUUGUGCAAAACAAGAAGCGUUGGAAGAUGAAAAUGUUUGUAUCUUGUCGGAUCCUACUAAUUUUGCCUCAGUUUCAGGUACUGAAAAAUCAGGAAGUGCGGACUCUGACUGUUUUCUGGAACCUCGAGAGGUAAAUAAAUCUUCGUUGAAGCCAGCUUUUGUUCCUAGUCAAUGGGGGAUUGAAAAGAUGACCCUGUUGCAUGGAAAAGUUCCACUACAACUUUCCUCCGAGAAACUGAAGAUACGAUAUGGAAUAAGUAAAAAGUUUCUAAUCCCCACAGGCAAACCAAAAUUAAAUUUUGUUGUUGAGCCGUCGCAAGAAACAUGUGAUAUUCUGAAAAUUUGUGAUAGACUUGCAUACAAUUUGUACUCAGAAUGUAACGGUAACUCUGAGUGGAGGCCUUUGGUGACAACUAAAAAUGGUCUAGUGAAUUCCUCUCAAACCAUUCGAAUGCACAUUGCAACUAAAGGUGCUGGGGAGACGGCAACAUAUUGCACAGAUUUAUAUGAGAGAGAUUCAGCUGGAACUAAAAAACUUUCUCUUACCAAUGUGCACAUUGAUGAACUUGAUAAAGUAUUUGUUUAUGGAAGAUCAGUAGAUGCACAUUUUAGUUUUGAUAUAUAUGAUUACAAGCAGAAUGCAGGGAUCCGCCUCGUUGCUAAAAGACUGACGGUGGGCAUUUCACUGUAAAUUGUGUUUUUUAUGUUCACACUUGUAAAUUUUCUUGAGGAUUGAAUUAUAGAUUUUCAAGCACUGUUGUACCUGGCAUCCGGAUGAGGUGCACUUGAAUCUAGGGCUUUUCAUGAAUUCCGAAUGUUACACUUAUUUUUCAGGAAUAUAUCCUGUAUUUGAAACUAUCAAGUUGUAAGUCGCUCCAUAUUGAUAUCCGAUCAUUCAUCACAAGUAUGGCAAUAUUUGCUA